AAGAAAAAAAAAAAAAAAUCAUUUGAGCAAAACAGGAAAAUGGCCAUGGAUUCGGCUGCCUCUAUCUCAAAAAUCCGACUCACCGCUUAACUCCAACAUUUAUACCUACCUACCUACGUACCUACAUAGCCUGCAACCCCAAAGUCGAUAUUCUGAAAAUCAGAAAACCCUAAUUGGACCGGUGAAUGGGGAGCAGCGAUGUGGAGGCGGGCUUCGCGAAGCUACAAGGCGAGGAUUUCGAGUACUACAUGCAGACAUACUCCAUCAUCCUCGGCCGCAACUCCAAGAAAUCGACCGUCGACGUCGACCUGUCCUCUCUCGGCGGCGGGAUGAACAUCAGCCGCCACCAUGCCCGGAUCUUCUAUGACUUCCAGCGCCGCCGCUUCGCGCUCGAGGUUCUCGGCAAGAAUGGCUGCCUCGUGGAGGGCGUCCUCCACCUCCCCGGCAACCCCCCUGUCAAGCUAGAUUCUCAGGAUCUCUUGCAAAUCGGGGACAAGGAGUUUUACUUUCUCCUGCCAGUGAGGAGCAUUUUGGGCGGACCGAUUGGGCCAAGGCAUCACCUGAACAAUUCCGGCAUUCAGUAUCAAAAUCAGCAGCCACAACGUCCUGGCCUGCCACCUCCCCCAGGCAGCGGCAGUUCAGGUUAUGGGAAAAAGGGGAAAGGGUGGAGUGAUUAUAAUGAUGUGGGGGAAGGUGGUGGUGCUGGGGAGGAAGGGUCGUCGGAAGGGAGGAGGAUGAGGAGGAUUGAAGGUGUUGAUGGCUAUGCUAGUUAUGGUUCAAGGGGGAAAGAUAAGAAGGCUGAUGGAAGGUCACGAGCUGACAGAGAAACUGAUAACCAACAGCUUCUACUGUUAGAAGAAAAGGAUGUUGUGUCGUCUGUUGCCAAUGUGUUAUCUGAUCUGUGCGGCCCUGGAGAAUGGAUGCCGAUGGAGAAACUUCAUACUGAGUUGGAGGAACAAUUCGGCAGCAUUUGGCACCACAGUCGAGUGAGGAAAUAUCUGACAUCGGAGGAUUAUUGUAGCCCAGAAGCCCACGGAAAGCCGUGGUUUGGGCUGCUAAUGCUGCUGAGGAAAUAUCCGGAACACUUUGUGAUCAACACAAGAUCCAAGGGACGAGUCACGCUGGAGUUCGUCUCACUUGUAUCCCUCCUCUCAUGAGAGACCAGUCAUUUGCAUUAUUUUGCAAGUGUAACAAAAAAGUAACUACUUGUGUUGACUUUUGAUGUCGUCAGUUUCAGGUUGUCUACAACCAUUAAAUUAAUAUAGGUUAGGCUUAUGACUUUGCUUUUCACCUUUUGUUGUUUGUAAAGGGAGUAUUUAUGAGUCAUAUUUUUUUGUUUUACUGGUGCCUUGUGGUUUAACUUUUAAGUGCACAUCUUGGUAAUGCAGAAAUGUCACUGCCUUGAUUACAUGAUUGUGUAACGCAGUGUGGGUAGUUGAUUCGCAUAACAAGAAACAGAGAUUGUGCAGUCGCAGCACACGUCUACGAAUGAUUUAGAAGCAAGGGGAUUGAAUUUGUUUAGAAGAAAAAGAAAAAGAAAAAGGAAA